AUGGAAGAACAGGUUUCCGAAAAAAUAAUUAUCGAAAAAGAAAAGGACAAUGAUGAUGAAACUUUAGGUGGGGAGGAUGAUGAAAAUGGUGAUGAUGUUGCUCAGGAGGUUGAUAAAAAUGCUAAAGAAGAAGAAGACGAUGCAACAGAAGAAGAAGAUGAUGAACAACUUGAAGAUAGUGAAGAUGGGUUGGAAAGUAUAACACAUGCAGCAAUUGAAGGUGACCAGGAUGCUCUAUCAAUUCCUGAGUUUACUAUGAUGACUGUAUUGAACUAUGAUGCGAAACCCAGUAAAGAAGAAAUGAACAAAGUGAUGGAUAAUGAUGAAGCAUUCUACGGUAAAGUUUGUCAGUCUAGCAGGAAGGGGGUGGAGUUUGCCAGUAUAGAAGAACUUAAUGACAAGCGAAUGGAGUUGUUCACGAAAAAAUCUGUGGUGGAUAUCUUCAGCGGAAUGAUGGAUCCUUCUUAG